AGCCAGAGCGGCCACAUGCAUUUUAUAACUACUACUCAAUAUAAAUACACAUAUUUAAACGCCAAAUAUUCACUCCUUAUUAGUCCUCUGUUUCUCACCGGAUAAUCAAAGCCUCUCCGGGAGAAUUUCCGACCAUGGCAGAAGAAUUCAAAACAUGUGUAGACUACGGUUCAUCUCUGUCGAAGAGAAUUUACUACGGAAGGGAAGCAGCUCCGGCACCAGAGCUUGCUAUGUCAAAAUCAACAAUAUCAUCGGAUAAUUUUUUACCGAAGGCGGUGAUGGCUUAUGCGGUGGUGCCGGAGCCAGAAGCUGUUGAUAAUCCUGACGUGCCGAGUUACCAGCCUUAUGUGCAUGGACGGUGUCAGCCACCGGCGUUAAUACCGUUGGAAAUGCGUGGUGUAUCUAUGGAAGUUGAUUGCUGUCUGGAUCACGCUACUGUUAGUUUUAACGGAAAGUGGCGCGUGCAUUGUAUUAAGACUAGCCGAAAGUGCGACUGUCGCAUCGCUGUUCCUAUCGGUGACCAGGGUUCAAUUCUAGGUCUUGAGGUUGGCAUUCCUGGAAAAUCAUAUCAUAGCCAACUAAUUUUAGCAGAAGAAGAUAAAGAUAAAGAAAAAGUAUACAAAUCAGGAGAUGGAUGUUAUCUAAAAGGAAGCAUUUACACCUUUAAAAUUCCACAGAUUGUUGGAGGGACAAUAAUCUCAGUAAAAGUGACAUGGUCUCAGAAAUUGACCUAUAAUGAGGGUGAAUUCUGUCUCAAUCUACCUUUUAGUUUUCCAUCAUAUGUAAAUCCUGAUAAGAAAAUUUCUAAGAGAGAAAAGAUUCUGUUAAAUGUUAAUUCCGGUGUUCGUAAAGAAAUUUCGUUCAAGUGUGCUAGCCAUGCACUUAAGGAAAUAAGGCGCGAGGUUGGUAAAAUCGGUUUUUUAUAUGAAGCAGAAGUGCCAACUUGGUCAAGUUCUGACUUCAAUUUUUCAUACACUGUUGUUUCAGAGGAUUUAUUCGGUGCAGUGUUCUUGCAGUCUCCGAUUUUGCGAGAUUAUGAUGAGAGACAGAUGUUCUGUUUCUACCUUUUCCCUGGAUAUAACCAGAGCAGGAAGGCUUUCAGGAAGGAUGUAAUUUUUGUAAUUGAUAUCAGUGGAAGCAUGAAGGGGGAUCCUAUUGAGAAUGCAAAGACAGCAUUGGUGUCAUCACUAUCCAAACUAAAUUCUGAAGAUUCUUUUAAUAUGAUUGCUUUCAAUGGGGAGACCUAUUUAUUUUCACAAGUAAUGGAGCCUGCGACCAAAGCAACGAUAUCAAAAGCUGAACAAUGGCUUAAUGACAAUUUAGAUCCAGGUGGUGGCACCAACAUUAUGGUUCCACUUAAACAGGCUAUUGAGCUAUUGGCUGAAAUUACGGAUUCAGUUCCUCUCAUUUUCCUCAUCACUGAUGGGACUGUUGAAGAUGAGAGAGAGAUUUGCAAUUUUGUAAAAGAUUCUCUUAAAAGUGGAGGACCAAUUUCCCCUCGGAUAUGCACAUUUGGCAUAGGUGUGUAUUGUAACCACUAUUUCUUGCAAAUGCUAGCACAAAUUGGACGGGGUCAUCAUGAUAGAGCUUUCGAUGCAGAUUCAGUUGAUACUCGAAUGCAGCGAUUAUUUACAACUGCUACAUCACUCAUUUUAGCUAAUGUAACUGUGGAUGCUUUGGAACAUCUUGAUUUUCUUGAGUUGCUUCCAUAUAGAAUUCCAGACCUCUCGUUGGGAAGUCCAUUAGCUGUAUCAGGCAGAUACAAUGGAAAAUUCCCAGAUUCUGUCAGAGUUAGUGGCAUUUUAGCAGAUAUGAGCAGUUUCACUAUAGAGUUGAAAACAGAAAAGGCAAAAGAUGUGCAACUUGAUAAAGUACUUGCAAGGAGACAAAUUGAUGUGCUUACAGCUAACGCAUGGAUGUUAGAUAGCAAAGAGCUUGAACAGAAGGUUGCGAAAUUGAGCAUACAAAGUGGGGUUCCAUCUGAAUAUACCCAUAUGAUUUUGCAUCAGACUGAUACAGGGGAGAAAGUACCAGAAACACUAGCUCUGCACGAGGUUUUCAACAAAUUUAAUCCACUUAAAAGAGAUGAGCCUGGAAAGCAAAACAUUGUUAUUCUGGGGAGCCUAGGAGUCGGGUUCGGCGAUUUGAAAGAAACAGCAGCAAAUAUUCCUCCAGGAACUGAAGAAACGAAGUCAUCCGAUGCUACUGAUAUGAUAAUGAAGGCUGCUUCCCACGGUUGCAGCAGGCUGCUUGAACGGUUCUGUUGCAUGUGCUUCCUUCAGACUUGUUCGCACAUGAAUAACCAAUGUACUAUUAUUCUCUCGCAACUUUGUGCUGCUCUCGCUUGCUUUGAAUGCGUCAAAUGCUGUUUUGAUUUGUGUGAGUGUGAAUGUUUGUAAUUAUGUUGUAAAUUCAUGAAAUAAUACACAAAAAUUAUAUGAGUGGAUGAGUGGUGUCAACACUUUUCUCAA